AUGUUAACGAGUACCCAAACAUGGACGGUGGUGACUGCAACAUUGGCAUUAUCGUGUCUGAUCUCGGCGAAGAUUAUGAUCACCAAGGUUGACUACGAGUCGAACCCGAACUACCUGACGAUGAAGGUGCAGGUGCACAACGAAACCGAGGGCAGCACGGUGGACGUGGACGGGACUCUGUUCCUCGACGUGUAUCAGGGCAUUCACGUCACCAUCGAUCUGGACUCGAAGAUGGACGGCGAGUACAUGACGAUGAUCGGGACGAGCAAGGAGCUGUGCAGCAAGGAGGACAACGGGAUCGAUCCGGUGGUGCCACUGCUGAACGAGGAGCUGGAAAAGUUCGGCAACCUAACCUUUGGCUGUCCGUACUACAAGGGAUACUACCGUAUGCGUCGGUUCCGGAUGAGCGACGACCAUAUGCUGGUGAAGAUGGUUCCACCCGGACAGUACGUGGUCAAGAUGAACCUCAAACAUCAGCAGGAAAACGACACCAAGAUGGUGCAGGUAUACAAAUUAUCGUUUUUCUUCGAAAUUUCAUAA